AUGAAGAUCACCGCCCUACCCGUCCUGUUCGCCACCGCUGUCAGCGCCAGUGUCCAGGGCUUCGACAUCUCCGGCUACCAACCUACCGUGGACUUUGCCGGUGCUUAUGCAUCUGGUGCCCGCUUCGUCAUGAUUAAGGCGACUGAGGGUACAAGCUUCAUCUCCAAAUCUUUCUCGGCACAAUACGCGGGUGCCACUGACGCCGGUCUAAUCCGUGGUGGUUACCACUUUGCCCAGCCCGGCAGCAGCAGCGGUGCCGCACAAGCCAAGUACUUCCUUGCUCACGGUGGAGGUUGGUCCGAUGAUGGUAAAACCCUACCCGGUAUGCUGGACAUUGAAUACAACCCAUCCGGUGCAACCUGCUAUGGGCUCAGCCAGUCUGCCAUGGUUUCCUGGAUCAAGGACUUUGGCGAGACCUACAAGGGCACCGCUGGUCGGUACCCUAUGAUCUACACCACCACUGACUGGUGGAACACUUGCACCGGUGGCAGCACGGCAUUCGGUAACGACUACCCCUUGGUUCUUGCUCGAUAUGCCGGUUCGGUCGGCACUAUCCCCGCUGGCUGGCCUUUCCAAAGCUUCUGGCAGAACUCGGAUGCCUACAGCUUCGGAGGUGAUUCGGAAAUUUGGAAUGGCACCGAAGAAUCUCUGAAGAAGUUCGCCAAGACCGCUGCUUGA